UAUAUGUAUGUAUGUAUGUAGGGGAAAUGCGUACGCGCGCGGCAGCAUUUGAGCACACGUUGAGUUGAGUGUUGUGUUAGUUGAGUUCAGGUUCAGAAGCCAUCGAGGCCGAGACGCGCGACGUGCGGUGUCUGGUCUAUCGCCAGGCGGCCGGCAAGGCCUGCCGCGUUGAUAUGGUAUGAGAACGAAACAAUUAGGAAAAUGCAGCGAGGAAAAGAGAAGCGCGACUGUGGGAAUUUAACGUAUGAGAAAAGCGCCACCGUACAUUAAACGGGGUCCACACGAACGCGAACACGGUCUCUUAUCUUUUAUAACUAUAAUUCUGCAAACAAAAGUUUGAUCUACGAAUGAUAUCAUCAAUAUAUUUUUAUAACGGGUUUUCCAAUUCAUUAAUACGGCCUUGAUAUUCAGCGAAGCCUAAUGGAAAAUGGCGUCGCAGUGCGACACGAGCUGUCGGCUGUCGGAGGCUGUCGAUCGCCGCUCGCACGAGCUCGCACUCGAUAAGCAGUUAUUCGCCAUCGUAGACGAGCACGCGUUGCUAGGUUGGCGCAAUUAUAGACGAGGUAUACGAAGAGGAUUGUUUUCAAGAUAGUCAUACGUGUAAUUGGGACAAGGGGACUGGUGAGAGCAACCGUUUUUUCAACAAAAUGUCCUCUGUACAAUUAGAUCGUCCUCCAAAAUUGGGUCAAAAUAACAAGAAAGAGAACGAAAAAUCUAGAAAACCUUUUAAUACUUCGCACAAAAAGCACAACAAGCAUGAUGACAGUCGUCACUUCAAAUUCAGUAACAGGAAACGACCUCAAAGCAGCUUUAGCAGCAAUGGAAAGUUUUUUCCGCCUUAUAAACGCAGAAAGAAGGAAGGUGCGAUUAUACCUCCCACGAAAUUCUUACUCGGAGGCAACAUUUGUGAUCCUUUAAAUUUAAAUAGCAUGCAAGAUGAAGAAAUAAAUCGAGCCAUGAAUGCAGUAACCCCAAAAUCAAGUCCACUUCCUACUCCAAAGCACAAAAAAGAAAUUAUUGAAGUGAUUAUUCCACCAAAUAUUUGUGAUCCUUUGAAUUUGACAAAUUGUAAUGACAAUGAAGAAUACGAGAAACAGUUAAUAUCUCCAACAAAGAGAAAUUCUAAACGAAGAAAUAGAAAGAGAAAGAGAGCUUCUUCUGGAUCUGGAAAGGAUGAAGCAAAGAUGAUGGAAUCUAGUGAAGCCAAAUUGAGAGAAAUUGAGGAAAACAGUGCAACAGUUGAAACAUCAACAGAAAGACUUUCUAAUGAAGGAAUCAAUUUAGAGGAAGCUCAAAAUGCGCAAGAAGAAAGUUUACUGAAGGAAAAUAAGACAGAGAGUCCUCAGAAAGACAAAAAUAAGUUACGAUUAAAAGGUUUAGAGGAAAUAAAGGAUAAAAGAUUGAGAAAAAUUGACACAAAGGAUAAAAUAGUGAGUCCAGUAAUUCCGCAGCCUGGUGCUUGGAAGCUCAGGCCACAACAUAGGCCCAGUCAAGACAAGAAAAAGAAACAGCAACAUGCAAUGCCCAAUUUUAGGCCCAAAGAUGCUAGAUAUCAAUAUGGAAAUUACAAUAGAUAUUAUGGAUAUAGAAAUCCUCAUCAUGAAAUAGAUCCUAGAUUGAAAGUGUUUGCACAGCGAAAGGAAUUAUUUUUGCGGAAAGAUAUUCUGGACAUUGGAUGCAAUAUUGGUCACAUUACAUUGUCAGUUGCCAGAGAUUUUGGUGCCAAAAGUGUUACUGGGAUUGAUAUUGAUAGAACUUUAAUAAAUAUUGCUCGGAAGAAUGUGAAACACUAUGUUAAUUGUGUCCAAAGUCCCGCAAGUAAUGAAGAUAAUGAUAAAAGGGAUUCUUCGGAUGCUAGUUUUUUUCCUAUGUCAAUGCCAAUUAGUUAUGGGCCUGUGGAUAUUCCAGGAUUUACGAAGAAUAAGCAACAUAAAGGAUUUCCUUACAAUGUCACUUUUGUGCAGGGUAAUUAUGUGCUCGAAGAUGACUCACUUCUGUGUGCGGAACAGCCGCAAUUCGACACAAUUUUAUGUCUUUCCAUCACCAAAUGGAUUCACUUGAAUUUUGGCGAUGCUGGAUUAAAACAAACUUUUAAGCGUAUGCACGCGCAAUUACGUCCUGGAGGAGUCCUCGUUUUGGAACCUCAGGGCUGGGCUAGCUAUACUAAGAAAAAGAAUCUCACAGAGCGUAUCUAUAAAAACUAUCACAGCAUCGAGUUUUUACCGCAGAAGUUUACACAAUAUCUUCUAUCUUCUGAAGUCGGUUUUUGCAAGUGCGAGGUUGUUUCUAUUCCACCUCAUCCCUCCAAAGGAUUUCAACGACCCAUACAUCUCUUCACUAAGACCGGCGGUCCUCUUUUUACUACUGAACGAAUUGACAGCGACAUCAUGAAUAAUGCGUUGACGAAUCGCCAAGAGAGGAUAAUGAGAAGAGAUCAAGAAGAGAUUCGUGACAUAGAGAGAAUUAAAUACGAGCAGGAAUUAUUUCCAAAAGAAAAUGUCAAUAGAGACAAUAUGUCAGAGAUUAGUCAACAUAGUGGAGAUUUGAAUCAAUAUGAACAGUUAGCAAACGUAUACGCACCUAGCGCGACACCAUGUUACGAUACUCCAAGUCACAAUAGCGAUAGUCAACCUUUGGAUAGUCAGCCUUUAGACAUGUCCAGGAUAAAAGAAGACAAAGAAGAAACUUCAUAAAAUAAGAAAAUAAAUUUGAAAAGAAUUGAAGAGGGAAGAGAACGGAAAAGAAGAGAUAAGAAAGGAAAAAAUUAAAAUAUUUAUAAAUUAAGAAAAAGAAGGCGAAGAAGAUAAUUAAGAAGAAAAAAAGAGGCAGGAAGAGAGAAAGAGGAAUAAAGAAAAUAUUGAAAUAUUAAUAAAUUUAAAAAGGCGUAUUUUUGCGCAUUUUAACACAAGAAAUUAAAGUCAACUUGAUAUACAGGUUCUUUAAUCUUAUUUCCUCUUCUGAAAUUAAAUUAAUUUUUCUGCAAAAUUUGUUUGUUUUUAAAUCGAACUUUGCUUUAGCUUUAUUUUUAUUUCUUUUCAGUAUUACAAAUUUUCUGCUGUCAAACUGUGAUUCAUUCGAAGAUAAAGAAUGACAAUAGAAGAAACAUAUGUGACCAAUAAACGUUAAAAAAAAAGUUUAUCGGCUAAUAAUUAGCACCGUAUUCACCUUCGAUAGUUUUAAUUUCUUUAUUUGCAUUAGAUGUUCCUCCUCCGUUUAUUAGUACUUUUUACUUCUUUUUUUUUCUUUCUUUUUUAUGAAUAUAAUCUCAGGUGUGCUUUGUUUUUAGGGAUAAAUGAUAUCUAUCUUUCACGUUUGUUCAUGGCAUCAAUGAUCACUAUCUUUCACGUUUGUUCAUGGCAUCAUUCGAUUAUAUUUUUUGUGCAUUCUAGAAAAACCGAAUAGUUUUCUAUAGUUUCUUGUGCAUUGAAUCUAAAUCCGUAAGACAAAAUGGCUUGUCACAUCAGAUUUUCGAGAAAAACGAAGUUAAAACUCCCAAGAAACGCGUUUCUUACUACUUUUGAAAAAUAGUAGCAAACGAACCCGAUGUGCAAG